UUUUACCGUUGGGCGCGGUGACGGUGAAAGACUGAAGAGCAAAGGAGCACGUUAAAAGCAGCUGCGCUAUCGAGUCAUCGAGUGACAGCAGCACCACGCAAUCGCGUGCUGCUUCUCGUUUUGUAAUUUGUCGCAUAUACACAAGAGAUACUCGUAAUAACAGAGACGUUCGAAGAGAUUAGAAAAUGGGCGACUCGUUGGAUGGAUCCGGCGAGCCUUCGCCGGAAUCACAGAACAUAGCGGUCGUCGAACACACAGCGUUUGUUAAUUUUCUUCGCAAAAUCGUAACUAUAUUGGCACCGGAGGAGGAUGGCGUACCAGCCGGUUUCAACUCGGCCCUUGAGGAGAAGAAUAAUCAAGAAUGCAUCCGAAAGUUUAUCGGCGAUUCUCAAGUUUGGGCACUUUGUAUUCAAAGAAGCUCCAUCAAAGAGGAAGAUAGCGGCGAAGGUGAAGAAGAGAGAGAAAGCGCCAUGUAUCAUAUAUCCAACGAAAUUUAUUUUACCAAUCCAAAAAUGUCGUCGGUGGUACUGACAAAGAGAGGGGCUGUGAUAGAGGCUGACAAAUCAAUUCAUUCGCAACUGAGGAUAGUAAAUUAUGCGGAUGGGCCGCCGUACGAGACGCUCCAUGCUAUAAGCAAGACCAUGGUUCCGUUCUUUAAAAGUUAUGUCAAAGAGACAGGUAGAGCGGAUCGUGACGGGGACAAAAUGGCACCGUCUGUGGAGAAAAAAAUAGCAGAAUUGGAGAUGGGUUUACUGCAUUUGCAACAGAACAUUGAUAUACCUGAGAUAUCUUUGCCCAUUCAUCCAGUUGUUUUGCAAGUUAUAAAGCAAUGCGCGGAAGAAAAUCGUAAGCCCAAAGUAGCAGAUUUUGGUGACAGAGUGGAGGAUUCAACUUUCAUGAAUCAGUUGCAAAACGGAGUAAACAGAUGGAUAAAGGAGAUACAAAAAGUGACGAAAUUGAAUCGUGACCCCGAGUCUGGUACAGCUCUCCAGGAAAUAUCUUUUUGGCUGAAUCUAGAAAGAGCGCUUCACAGGAUACAGGAAAAGAGGGAGAGCAUAGAAAUAACUCUUACUCUUGAUAUUCUAAAGUACGGCAAACGUUUUCACGCUACAGUCAGUUUUGACACCGAUACUGGUCUUAAACAGGCCCUCGCAACGGUAAACGAUUACAAUCCGUUGAUGAAAGAUUUCCCGAUAAAUGAUUUACUUUCGGCAACCGAGCUCGAGCGCAUCAGAGCCGCUAUACAACAGAUAUUCAUGCAUUUGAGAAAAAUUCGUAGUACGAAAUAUCCGAUACAACGAGUGCUCAGAUUGGUCGAGGCGAUAUCUCGUGAUCUUGGACAACAAUUGCUGAAAGUAUUAGGUACAAGAAGGCUGAUGCACAUUCCGUUUGACGAAUUUGAGAAAGUAAUGUUCCAGUGUUUCGAGGUCUUCAUCACGUGGGACGACGAGUACGACAAGCUGACUGGUUUAUUGAGGGAUUUUAUUAAGAAAAAACGUGACGAACACAUGAAAAUGGUAUGGCGCGUCUCUCUGGCCCACAAGAAGCUUCAAACGCGGAUGGAACACAUGCGACGGUUUCGUCGCCAACACGAACAGUUGCGGGCGGUAAUAGUGAGGGUACUCAGGCCAAGCGCCGUUCUCAGACAGAGCAACGCGAAUUCUGGCAUCGUCGUCGAGCAGCAGGGUAUUCCUGACAACGAGGGAGUAACGAGCAAAGUCGAAUUCGCCCUUGAUGCUGCCGAUGCUAAUGCCAUCAGCGAGGUCAAUCUCGCUUAUGAGAAUGUCAAAGAGGUCGAUUGUCUCGACAUAACGAAAGAGGGCCUCGAGUUUUGGGAAGCGGCGGUUCAUCGAUACGAGGAACGUAUUGAACGAGUAGAGGCCAGAAUAACUGCGCAUCUUCGAGAUCAACUUGGUACCGCGAAAAACGCCAAUGAAAUGUUCCGCAUAUUUUCGCGCUUCAACGCUCUCUUCGUAAGGCCUCAUAUACGUGGCGCCAUCAGGGAAUAUCAGACUCAGCUGAUACAACGCGUCAAGGACGACAUCGAGGCGCUUCAUGAGAAAUUCAAGGUUCAAUAUUCUCAAAGUAAAUGCUGCAAGAUGAGCAUGGUUAGAGACAUACCGCCCAUUUCAGGAUCCAUCAUAUGGGUCAAGCAGAUUGAUUAUCAGCUCACCAUGUACCUCAAGCGCGUCGAGGAUGUUCUAGGUAAGGGUUGGGAAAAUCACAUCGAAGGACAAAAGCUCAAAGCCGAUGGUGAUAGUUUUCGUUUGAAACUAUCGACCCAGGAGAUCUUUGACGACUGGGCACGAAAAGUUCAACAACGAAAUAUCGGUGUCACCGGGCGUAUAUUCACCAUCGAGAGCGUGCGCUCGCGCUUGGGACGUGGCAACGUGCUUAAACUCAAGGUCAACUUUUUGCCGGAGAUCAUAACCCUCUCGAAGGAAGUGAGAAACUUGAAAAAUCUCGGUUUCCGUGUACCACUCGCUAUCGUCAACAAGGCUCAUCAGGCCAACCAGCUUUAUCCGUUUGCCAUCAGUUUAAUCGAAAGUAUAAGAACUUACGAGAGAACGUUGGAAAAGCUUACCAAUCGGAGUCCCCACUGUCCCACGUUAAAGAUCGAGGACAAAGCGAGCAUAAUUCCGUUGGUCGCGGGCAUGCGGAAAGAUGUACUAUCGUUAAUAUCCGAGGGUAUCGCUUUGGUCUGGGAGAGCUACAAACUCGACACAUACGUACAGCGUUUGUCCGACAUAGUAAUACUGUUUCAAGAAAAAGUGGAAGACCUUUUGGUGGUCGAAGAACAACUCGACGUUGACGUACGUUCUCUCGAGACUUGCCCUUAUUCGGCAAAUACAUUCGCCGAUAUAUUGUCGAAAAUUCAGAAAUCGGUGGACGAGCUAUCGCUGAAGAAUUACUCGAAUUUGCAUAUAUGGGUAGCGCGCUUGGACGAAGAAGUUGAGAAGAAUUUGGGUGCUCGAUUGGAGGCCGGUAUAAAAGCUUGGACGGACGCGCUCAUGGGACAGAAGAAAGAAGUCGAUUUGAGCAUGGAUACGGAUGCGCCCGCUCAACCGACCCACAAACCAGGCGGAGAUCCAAAAAUACAGAAUCAAAUAUACGAAGUGCGAAUAACGAAUCAAACCAUGUACCUCUAUCCGAGUAUCGAGGACGCGAGAUUUCAGAUAAUGCAACAAUUGUUCGCUUGGCAAGCGAUCGUAACUUCGCAAUCGCGACUACAGAGCUCCCGUUAUCAGGUCGGUCUGGAUAAACCAGAGUCCGGUACGUACAGAAAUCUCUUGACAAAAUUGCCGAGCGGUAAACAACCGUUGGAAUCGGCCUACGAGGCUGUAGAAUCUAAAAUGCGCAGUGUCGCCGAUUACGUUGACCAAUGGCUCAGAUAUCAGGCCCUGUGGGAUCUUCAGCCUGACAACCUUUACGGCAAACUCGGGGAUGAAAUAAACCUUUGGAUGAAGUGUCUGAACGAUAUAAAAAAGACACGAACGACUUUCGAUACGUCCGAUACGAGACGGGAAUUCGGUCCGGUAAUAAUUGAUUUUGCCAAGGUCCAGAGUAAGGUUUCACUGAAAUACGACUCUUGGCACAAAGAGACACUCGGUAAAUUUGGUUCUCUCCUCGGUAAUGAGAUGGCCAGUUUUCACUCCCAAGUAUCGAAAUCGCGAAGCGAUCUCGAGCAACAAUCGAUCGAAGCGGCGAGUACGACCGACGCGGUUGGCUUCAUAACGUACGUGCAAUCUUUGAAACGUAAAAUGAAAGCCUGGGAAAAGCAGGUAGAAGUUUAUCGAGAGGGCCAGCGAAUUCUCGAGCGUCAGCGUUUCCAAUUCCCAAGCUCUUGGCUGUACGUUGACAAUAUAGAGGGCGAGUGGGGCGCUUUUAACGAGAUAAUAAAGCGCAAGGAUACGAGUAUACAGAGCCAGGUGGCCUCGCUGCAGAUGAAAAUAGUUGCCGAGGAUAAGGCGGUAGAGACGAGAACCGGAGACUUUUUGAGCGAUUGGGAACGUGGCAAACCGGUCGAGGGACAUUUAAGACCGGACGAAGCAUUGCAGCAGCUGCAAUUAUUUGAAAGUAAAUUUGCUCGUCUAAAGGAAGAACGCGACAACGUGGCCAAGGCGAAGGAAGCCCUGGAGCUUCAAGAACCCGGUGGUGUCUCGACGAGCGAAGACAGAAUGCAAGUCGUAUUCGAGGAGUUACAGGACCUGCGGGGCGUAUGGUCCGAGUUGUCGAGAAUAUGGUCGCAGAUCGACGAAACUAGAGAAAAACCGUGGUUAUCGGUACAACCGAGAAAGUUGCGUCAACAAUUGGACACUAUGAUGUCUCAGUUGAAGGAAUUACCAGCUCGUUUGAGACAAUAUUCCUCGUACGAGUACGUUAAAAAAAUGCUACAGAGCUACAUCAAAGUAAACAUGAUGAUAAUAGAGCUCAAAUCGGACGCUCUGAAAGAACGACACUGGAAGCAACUGACGAAGCAGUUACGAGUCAAUUGGAUACUGAGCGAGUUGACGUUGGGUCAAGUGUGGGACGUUAAUUUGCAAAAAAAUGAGGCUAUCGUAAAGGACAUAAUACUAGUCGCCCAGGGUGAAAUGGCGCUCGAAGAAUUCUUGAAACAGGUACGGGAAUCGUGGCAGACUUACGAGCUCGAUCUAAUCAACUAUCAGAGCAAAUGUCGUUUGAUAAGGGGCUGGGACGAUUUGUUCAACAAAGUUAAGGAACACAUUAAUUCGGUUGCCGCAAUGAAAUUAUCACCGUAUUACAAGGUAUUCGAAGAAGAGGCUCUCACGUGGGAAGAGAAAUUGAAUCGCAUAAACGCUCUCUUCGACGUCUGGAUCGACGUACAACGUCGUUGGGUCUACCUCGAGGGUAUUUUUUCGGGUAGCGCUGACAUAAAGACUCUACUGCCCGUUGAGACCUCCAGAUUUCAGAGUAUAAGCUCUGAAUUUCUUGGCCUUAUGAAGAAAGUAUCGAAAUCACCGAUGGUGAUGGAUGUUCUCAACAUACCCGGUGUUCAGAGGGCUCUCGAGCGUCUCGCCGAUUUACUCGGUAAAAUACAAAAGGCUCUCGGUGAAUAUCUCGAGCGCGAAAGAACCUCCUUCCCGCGUUUCUACUUUGUCGGUGACGAGGAUCUUCUCGAGAUCAUUGGUAACAGUAAGAAUGUUGCGAGACUCCAAAAACAUUUCAAAAAAAUGUUCGCUGGGGUAGCGGCGAUACUGCUGAACGAGGACAACACCGUUAUCACGGGUAUCGCGUCAAGAGAAGGGGAGGAAGUUCACUUUAAUACGCCUGUAUCGACCAUCGAUUAUCCAAAGAUCAACGAGUGGCUGACCCUCGUGGAAAAAGAAAUGAGAGUUACCCUCGCCUCUAGUCUCGCUAAAGCGGUUCACGAUAUAAAACAAUUCAAGGACGGUAAUAUUAAUGCUCCCGCUUUUAUGUCCUGGUGCGAUAACUAUCAGGCUCAGAUAAUCGUUCUCGCCGCCCAGAUACUUUGGUCCGAGGACGUCGAGGCCGCUCUUCACGAAGCGCAGCACAGCUCCGAGUCCACAGACGCAGCCAAAGGUAAAACGGAUUCGCUCGAACGUGUUCUCCUGCAGGUCGAGGGUACCCUAAAUAUUCUCGCUGAUUCGGUACUCCAGGAGCAGCCCGCUCUGAGAAGGAAAAAACUGGAGCACCUUAUCAACGAAUUCGUUCAUAAGAGAACCGUAACGAGACGCCUGAUCGCGAACCGAGUUUCGAAUCCAAAGGCAUUCGAGUGGCUGUGCGAAAUGAGGUUCUACUUUGAUCCCCGACAGACCGAGGUCCUGCAACAAUUGACGAUACACAUGGCGAACGCUAAAUUCUUUUAUGGCUUCGAAUAUCUCGGUGUACAGGAUCGCCUGGUACAAACACCGUUGACCGAUCGUUGCUACUUGACCAUGACACAGGCUCUGGAGGCUCGACUCGGCGGAUCGCCAUUCGGCCCGGCUGGCACUGGCAAGACCGAAUCCGUCAAGGCUCUCGGUCAUCAGUUGGGGCGCUUCGUCCUCGUUUUCAAUUGCGACGAAACUUUCGAUUUCCAAGCCAUGGGACGUAUAUUCGUUGGACUGUGCCAAGUCGGAGCCUGGGGUUGCUUCGACGAAUUCAAUCGUCUCGAGGAGAGAAUGUUAUCUGCCGUGUCUCAACAAGUCCAAACGAUCCAGGAAGCCCUUAAGAGCCAAAUGGAGGGCAAGAAAGAGGGAACGCUCUGCGUCGAACUCGUCGGUAAACAGGUCAAAGUCUCCCCGGAUAUGGCUAUUUUCAUAACUAUGAAUCCUGGCUACGCCGGACGCUCCAAUUUACCGGAUAAUUUGAAAAAAUUGUUCCGAUCUCUCGCCAUGACUACACCCGACAGACAACUCAUUGCCGAAGUAAUGCUCUUCAGUCAAGGAUUCCGAUCGGCCGAGAAACUCGCCUGCAAAAUUGUACCCUUCUUCAAAUUGUGCGACGAACAACUCUCCAAUCAGUCUCAUUACGACUUUGGUCUUCGGGCUCUGAAAUCCGUUCUAAUAUCAGCCGGCAACGUUAAACGUGACAGGAUCCAAAAAAUCAAGGAGGGCAUGCUCAAUCGAGGCGAUACGGAUAUCGACGAGGCGUCGAUAGCGGAAAAUUUGCCAGAACAAGAAAUUCUCAUACAAUCGGUUUGCGAGACCAUGGUGCCGAAACUCGUCGCUGAGGACAUUCCGUUGUUGUUCAGCCUUUUGAACGACGUUUUCCCCAAUGUAAAUUACACGCGCGCCGAGAUGAAGGGAUUGAAGGACCAAAUAAGAAAAGUUUGUGCCGAGGAGUACCUGGUUUGUGGCGAAGGGGACGAGCAGGGCGGUGCUUGGCAAGAAAAGGAAACUGCGGGUGACACGUGGGUAGAAAAGGUUCUGCAACUGUAUCAAAUCUGUAAUUUGAAUCACGGUCUAAUGAUGGUCGGUCCGAGCGGAUCGGGUAAAACAACGGCGUGGAAAGUAUUGUUGAAAGCCCUCGAACGUUUUGAAGGGGUGGAAGGAGUCGCGCACGUAAUUGAUCCAAAGGCGAUAAGCAAGGAGACGCUGUACGGUGUUUUGGAUCCGAACACGCGGGAGUGGACCGAUGGUUUGUUCACCCACAUACUCCGCAAGAUAAUAGACAACGUACGAGGUGAAAUCAACAAACGUCAAUGGAUCAUCUUCGACGGUGACGUUGAUCCGGAAUGGGUAGAAAAUUUGAAUUCGGUCCUCGACGAUAAUAAAUUAUUGACGUUGCCAAACGGCGAACGUCUCAGCUUACCACCGAACGUUCGAGUUAUGUUCGAAGUGCAGGAUCUCAAGUAUGCGACGCUCGCAACGGUCUCCCGUUGUGGUAUGGUUUGGUUCUCCGAGGACGUAUUGUCAACGGAAAUGAUAUUUGAGAAUUACAUGAUGAGAUUGAAGAAUAUACCGUUGGAAGAGGGUGACGAGGAUGGCAAUUUCGGCAGCGGUGGUGGUAAACAAAAAACGGACAAGGACGAGACCCUCUCACCGGGGCUUCAGGUUCAACGGGAAGUAGCCAGUAUAAUGCAGAGUUAUUUUGCUCCCGAUGGCCUGGUCGUCAGAUGUUUGGAAUACGCAAUGAAACAGGAGCACAUUAUGGACUUUACGCGUCUGAGAGCUCUGAGCUCGUUAUUCUCAAUGCUCAAUCAAGCGGUUCGAAAUGUUUUGCAAUACAAUCACGCCCACGUUGACUUUCCGCUGCCGAGCGAACAACUCGAAAGAUACAUGCCAAAAUGUUUGGUAUACGCUCUCUUAUGGAGCUUUGCCGGUGAUGCCAAACUCAAAGUUCGCUCCGAUUUGGGUGAUUUUGUCAGAUCCAUCACGACCGUAACGUUACCCUCGCAAAGCAGCAUUCCGAUUAUUGAUUUCGAGGUUAAUAUUCACGGGGAAUGGCUUCUAUGGAGCAAUAAAGUACCGCAGAUCGAGGUCGAAACUCACAAAGUCGCCAGUCCCGAUAUCGUUAUACCGACUCUGGAUACCGUUAGACACGAGAGUUUGCUCUACACUUGGCUCGCUGAGCACAAACCACUCGUGCUUUGCGGACCUCCCGGUUCCGGAAAAACCAUGACGCUAUUCUCCGCUCUGCGUGCUCUUCCCGAUAUGGAAGUUGUUGGUCUCAACUUCUCGUCGGCCACGACCCCGGAACUUUUACUUAAAACGUUUGAUCAUUAUUGCGAAUAUCGUAAAACCCCGAACGGCGUUGUACUUUCUCCGGUACAACUCGGCAAAUGGCUCGUUCUCUUCUGCGACGAAAUCAAUCUACCGGAUAUGGAUAAUUACGGUACUCAGCGUGUGAUCUCGUUCCUCCGUCAGCUGGUCGAGCAUCGAGGCUUUUAUCGUACGAGCGAUCAGGCAUGGGUCUCAUUGGAGAGAAUUCAAUUCGUCGGUGCUUGCAAUCCACCUACCGAUCCCGGUAGAAAACCUUUGAGCCACAGAUUCUUACGUCACGUGCCGGUGAUAUACGUCGAUUAUCCGGGCGAGACGUCGCUCAAGCAAAUUUAUGGAACCUUCACACGCGCUAUGCUCAGGUUAACACCUUCCCUGAGAGGUUACGCAGAGCCAUUGACGAACGCGAUGGUAGAAUUUUAUUUGGCAUCCCAGGAGAGAUUCACCCAAGACAUGCAGCCUCAUUACGUUUAUUCACCUCGUGAAAUGACAAGAUGGGUCCGAGGAAUUUGCGAAGCGAUAAGACCAUUGGAUAAUUUGUCGGUCGAGGGUCUCGUACGCCUGUGGGCCCACGAGGCUCUGCGUCUCUUCCAAGAUCGCCUCGUGGAAGAUACGGAACGGGCGUGGACCAACAAAAACAUUGAUGUCGUUGGAUUGAAACACUUUGCGGGCAUCGAUCGUGAAAAAGCUCUCUCACGACCGAUUUUAUACAGCAAUUGGCUCUCGAAGGAUUACGUUCCCGUUAAUCGACAAGAAUUGCGGGAUUACGUUCGAGCUCGAUUGAAAGUAUUUUACGAAGAAGAAUUGGACGUGCCUCUCGUACUUUUCGACGAAGUUCUCGAACACGUGCUUCGAAUUGACAGAAUUUUCCGACAGCCACAGGGACAUCUAUUGCUUAUCGGUGUCUCUGGGGCUGGUAAGACGACUCUGUCGAGAUUCGUUGCAUGGAUGAACGGUCUAUCGAUCUUCCAAAUAAAGGUCCACAACAAGUACACGGGAGAAGAUUUCGAUGAAGAUUUGCGCCAAGUGUUACGUCGUUCCGGUUGCAAGGAUGAAAAAAUCGCCUUCAUUCUCGAUGAAUCUAACGUUCUCGAUUCCGGAUUUCUCGAGCGUAUGAACACACUUCUCGCGAAUGGCGAAGUUCCCGGAUUGUUCGAGGGUGACGAGUACACGACUCUUAUGACGCAGUGCAAGGAAGGAGCUCAGCGCGAGGGCUUGAUGCUCGAUUCUAACGAGGAGUUGUACAAAUGGUUUACGGGCCAAGUGAUGAAAAAUUUACACGUUGUUUUUACAAUGAAUCCGAGCACCGACGGGCUCAAGGAUCGUGCGGCCACGUCACCCGCUCUCUUCAAUCGUUGCGUUCUCAACUGGUUCGGCGAUUGGUCGGACAACGCUCUCUUCCAAGUUGGCAAAGAAUUUACAAAUCGCGUUGACCUUGAGAAACCUUCCUGGAAGUGCCCGGACUUUUUCCCCUCUGUUUGCUCCUUGAUUCCAGCUCAAACUUGUCAUCGCGAUGCCGUCAUAAACGCUUGCGUAUAUGUACACCAAACUUUGCACAAAGCGAACGCGAGAUUGGCCAAACGCGGCAGCAGAACAAUGGCCAUUACUCCCCGGCAUUAUUUAGAUUUCAUCAAUCACUUUGUCAAGCUCUAUCGGGAAAAGCGGAGCGAUUUGGAGGAACAACAGCUGCACCUUAACGUAGGUCUGAGUAAAAUAGCCGAGACGGUCGAGCAAGUCGAAGAGAUGCAGAAGAGCCUCGCUGUCAAAUCACAAGAGCUCCAGGCCAAGAACGAAGCUGCCAACGCGAAAUUACGACAAAUGGUCAAGGAUCAACAGGAGGCCGAGAAAAAGAAGGUUCAGAGUCAAGAGAUUCAACAACAACUGGCUAUUCAAACGGUCGCUAUCGAUCAAAAGAGAGAAGACGUUAUGGCGGACCUCGCACAAGUCGAGCCCGCCGUUAUUGACGCACAGAACGCGGUCAAGUCGAUAAAGAAACAUCAUUUGGUCGAGGUUCGUUCGAUGGCGAACCCGCCAGCUAUCGUCAAGGUCGCGCUGGAAUCUAUCUGCUUGUUGCUCGGUGAAAAUGCCAGCGACUGGAAAUCGAUACGCGCUGUCAUCAUGAGAGACAAUUUUAUCAAUACAAUAGUCUCUAAUUUCAGUACCGAGGACAUAACCGACGAGGUACGAGACAAAAUGAAGAGCCGUUAUUUGAGCAAUCCUGAUUAUAACUUUGAAAAAGUAAAUCGAGCGAGUAUGGCCUGUGGUCCGAUGGUCAAAUGGGCAACAGCACAGAUCGAGUACGCAGAUAUGUUGAAACGAGUUGAGCCACUGCGGGACGAGCUCUACUCUUUGGAACGCCAGGCCGAAACUAACAAGGCGAAAGGGGAACAAGUCAAAGACCUGAUAGCGCAACUCGAGCUGAGUAUCGCGUCGUACAAGGAAGAAUACGCUCAGUUAAUAUCGCAAGCACAGGCGAUCAAGACGGACUUGGAAAAUGUCCAGGGGAAAGUGGACAGGUCGAUAGCUCUCAUAAAAUCUUUGGUUAUCGAGAGAGAAAGAUGGGAAGCCACGAGCGAAACUUUCCGCAGUCAAAUGUCAACUAUAAUCGGUGACGUUUUACUGUCAUCAGCAUUUUUAGCGUACGCCGGAUACUUUGAUCAACACUACCGGCAGAACUUGUUCACGACUUGGUGCCAGCAUUUGCAACAUGCAAACAUACAAUUCCGCGGAGACAUAGCACGGACGGAAUAUCUCUCUAAUCCGGACGAGCGGCUGAGAUGGCAAGCGAACGCACUGCCGUCGGACGAUUUGUGCACCGAGAACGCAAUAAUGUUGAAGCGUUUCAACCGUUACCCCCUGAUAAUCGACCCAUCGGGCCAGGCCACCGAAUUCAUAAUGAAUGAAUUUAAAGAACGGAAAAUCACUAAAACAAGCUUCCUCGAUGAUUCGUUCAGAAAGAAUCUCGAGAGCGCUCUACGAUUCGGUAAUCCGCUGCUCGUACAGGACGUCGAGAACUACGAUCCUAUUUUGAAUCCGGUGCUCAACCGAGAGCUUCGGCGUACCGGAGGACGAGUGUUGAUAACCCUCGGAGAUCAGGACAUCGAUCUUUCCCCCUCGUUCGUAAUAUUCUUGUCGACGAGAGAUCCGACCGUCGAAUUCCCGCCCGACAUAUGUUCCCGGGUAACUUUCGUUAAUUUCACGGUAACGCGGUCUUCUCUGCAGAGUCAGUGCUUGAAUCAAGUACUGAAAGCGGAGCGUCCGGACAUCGAUGAGAAGCGAUCCGAUCUGUUGAAACUUCAGGGAGAAUUUCAUUUGCGUCUACGACAAUUGGAGAAAUCUUUGCUACAAGCGCUGAACGAUGCGAAGGGUAAAAUAUUGGACGACGACUCGGUCAUAACGACCCUCGAGACAUUGAAACAAGAGGCAGCCGAUAUAAGCAAAAAAGUCGAAGAAACCGACAAAGUUAUCGCCGAAAUCGAGACCGUGUCCCAACAAUACAUGCCUCUGUCGCAAGCCUGCUCAAACAUGUACUUCACGAUGGACAGCCUCAAUCAGAUACACUUUUUGUACCAGUACUCGUUGAAAAUGUUUUUGGACAUUUUCACCUCGGUUCUCUCGCAAAAUCCAAAAUUAUCCGGCAUCACCGAUUAUACGCAGAGAUUGUCGCAAAUAACGAGCGAUUUGUUUUCGGUGUCUUACGAGCGGGUAGCGCGUGGUAUGUUGCACGCCGAUCGAAUGACCUUCGCUCUGCUGCUCUGUAGAAUUCAUCUGAAGGGUAUUGCGAGCGAGUCGAGUUACGACAGUGAAUUUACUUUCUUCUUACGAGGCAAAGAAGGAGUACUGAAUAUUCGUGGGCCACCUGUAGCGAGUCUGAGCUCCGAGCAGCAAGAAGCAAUGAUGCGCCUGAGCAUAAGAUUACCGGCGUUUAAAAAGCUUUCGGAAAAUAUCGAGGCGCACGGGUCUGACUUUGGGAGUUGGUUGCAAUCAUCGACGCCUGAAAAUUCGGUACCAAAAUUGUGGCAAGACGAGCAGCAGCAGCAACCGUUGGAUAAGGAUAAACCGUCGACGUCUUCACCGAUCGGUGAAUCGAUACAUCGGUUGUUGAUGAUACAAGCCUUCCGCCCCGAUCGGGUUAUGGCCGCCGCAUCUUUGUUCAUCACAUCGGCUCUCGGUGAAACUUUCAUGUCCGCCGCUGAAGUUGAAAUGGACUUUGCCUCUGUAGUGGAGAAUCAAUUGAAGGCAACGGUACCGGCUCUAUUGUGCUCGGUGCCCGGUUUCGACGCGUCCGGCAGAGUCGACGAUCUCGCUGCUGAAUUGGGCAAGCAAAUAGUCAGUAUCGCCAUUGGUUCCGCGGAAGGUUUCAAUCAGGCCGACAGAGCAAUUAAUAUGGCGGUUAAAGCCGGACGUUGGGUCAUGUUGAAGAAUGUACAUUUGGCUCCUCAGUGGCUCGUCCAAUUGGAGAAAAAGUUGCACAGCCUCCAGCCCCAUGCCGCGUUCCGUUUGUUCCUCACCAUGGAGAUCAAUCCAAAAGUACCGGUGAAUCUUCUGCGCGCCGGUCGUAUAUUCGUAUUCGAACCACCACCCGGCAUAAGAGCCAAUCUCUUGAGGACCUUCAGCACCGUUCCAGCCUCGAGAAUGAUGAAAGCUCCUAACGAGAGAGCCAGAUUGUACUUUUUGCUCGCUUGGUUCCACGCCAUUGUACAAGAACGUUUGCGUUACUCGCCCUUGGGUUGGUCCAAACAUUACGAAUUCAACGAGAGCGAUCUCCGAGUCGCUUGUGAUACUCUCGAUACUUGGAUCGAGGCGACCGCGAUGGGAAGAACGAAUUUGCCACCCGAGAAAGUACCCUGGGACGCUCUCGUUACUCUUCUCUCGCAAUGUAUCUACGGUGGAAAAAUCGAUAACGAUUUUGAUCAACGUUUGCUCGCUUCCUUCCUACGUAAAUUAUUUACACCGCGAUCCUUCGAGUCGGACUUUGCUCUGGUAGCGAACGUUGACGGAGCCGCCGCCGCGACCGGUCAAGCCAGUCAGAGGCACAUCACUAUGCCGGAUGGCAAUCGACGCGAUCAUUUCUUGAAAUGGAUCGAAUCCCUUUUGGAUCGACAGACACCCUCCUGGCUCGGACUCCCGAAUAACGCCGAAAAAGUUUUGCUAACCACGAGAGGAACCGAUCUUGUAUCGAAGCUCUUGAAGAUGCAACAACUCGAGGACGAGGACGAGUUGGCUUAUUCGAACGACGAAUCCCUCGAUACACCCCACGAAGCUGAGGCCGAUGGAAGACCAUCCUGGAUGAGAGUUUUACACAAUUCGGCAAGCACGUGGCUCCAACUUCUCCCGAAAAACCUUCCAACCCUCAAGAGAACCGUAGAAAAUAUCAAAGAUCCGCUUUAUCGUUAUUUCGAGAGGGAAGUCAACAGCGGAGCCAAAUUGUUGCAAGAUGUUAUACACGAUCUCGAAGACGUCGUUCUCAUCUGUCAAGGUGAAAAGAAACAAACCAAUUAUCAUCGAACCAUGCUCUCGGAAUUGGUCAAGGGUAUUUUACCGGCUGGUUGGAGACGAUACACCGUUCCAAGAGGUUGCACCGUUAUUCAAUGGAUCACCGAUUUCAGUCACAGGGUUUCCCAGCUACAGGAAGUUUCUCGCUUAGUUUCACAAGGCGGGGCCAAGGAAAUUAAGAGCUUUCCAGUCUGGCUCGGUGGGUUAUUGAAUCCCGAAGCUUAUAUAACAGCGACGAGGCAGUGUAUAGCUCAAGCCAACAGUUGGUCCCUCGAAGAGCUUCAAUUGGACGUGACGAUCGGAGAUGGUGACAACAUAGCCACCGACGAUUGUUCCUUCGCUGUAACCGGACUCAAGCUUCAAGGUGCUCAGUGCAAGGAUAACCAGCUUUAUCUCACCUCAACUAUAAUGACGGAUUUGCCGGUCACGAUGUUGAGAUGGGUGCGAUCCUCGACCGAGGAAGUCAAGAAGGGCAAACUGUCCUUACCAGUUUACUUGAAUAGCACGCGCACAGAAUUAUUAUUUACCGUAGAUUUGAAUACUGCGACAAAACAAGAUCCGCACAGUUUUUACGAACGCGGUGUAGCAGUUUUGAUUUCUACCGCGUUGAACUAAAUGCCCCCUUCUUCGAUUUAUUCUUCAUUACGCAGUAUUUCAACACUCGAGCUAUCCGAUAAUCCAAGUCUCAACAGUUUCUAAUAGCCGUGAAUGUUCGAUUCAGUAGGAAUUCCAAGUGUAGAGAAUUUUUCUGAACAACACUUUUGAGUGCAAUUUCCAAAAAUUUUGAUGCGAAUAAAAACUAGUUGAAAUCAUAGCAGCUGCUGGUUGUGCGGCGCUGAGUCAGAGCAUCUUAAAGCAUAAUGUUCAUGUUUUGAUUUUCAUUUAUUUUUUUUUACCAUUCACUACGGGAUAUUAUCGACAGCUUAAAAAAUUGUUUAAUCUUCCCCACCGAACGGAUACCGUCGGUUAUUUUCGCAAAACUCAAUGUAGCACUCUGUUAAUUUAUAACUUAUAAUCGAAAUUUGUUUAUAUUGCAAUUGAAAGCUUCUAAUAAAGUAUAUUGUCAGUCGUAAGCAAAAAAUUUA